AUGAAAAAAAAAAUUCUCAAACUCAGUAACACUUAUCAAACGUUGGAAAAGCCGUCCUUCUUACGAUCAGGGGGCGAAAGUCAGAACGGAAGAAACACUAUUUCCCGCUCGAUCUCGGUGGAAAUCACACCUUAUUACGAUGUAGUCGGUCCUGUCUUUACAAUGUGCCUAACACGUAUUCUGUUUAGUGAGGCUAGACUCGCAAUGUUCAUCCAGCACAACGGCUACGCUCAAAAGGGCAUGUAUGGGUGUGCAAUGUUCUUAUCGGUUGACUCCCACAACAUUAGGACACUGCCUCUGCAUCUAAAAGACGUGUGUUUGCUGCAAUAA